AUGUCCCUGGCGGCCUCAGCGGGCCGGGGUCCCGGGACCAUGUGGUCCCCAACCCACGUGCAGGUGACGGUGCUGCAGGCGCGGGGCCUGCGGGCCAAGGGUCCCGGCGGCACGAGCGACGCGUACGCGGUGAUCCAGGUGGGCAAGGAGAAGUACGCCACGUCGGUGUCGGAGCGCUGCCUGGGCGCGCCGGUGUGGCGGGAGGAGGCCACCUUCGAGCUGCCGCCGUUGCUGUCGCCCGGGCCCGCGGCCGCCGCCACCCUGCAGCUCACCGUGCUGCACCGUGCGCUGCUCGGCCUCGACAAGUUCCUGGGCCGCGCCGAGGUGGACCUGCGGGAGCUGCACCGCGACCAGGGCCGCAGGAAGACGCAGUGGUAUACCUUGACGUCCAAACCAGGAAAGAAGGACAAACAGCGGGGAGAGAUUGAGGUCGACAUCCAGUUCAUGAGGAACAAUAUGACUGCCAGCAUGUUUGACCUCUCCAUGAAAGACAAGUCUCGGAAUCCAUUCGGGAAACUGAAGGACAAGAUCAAAGGCAAGAACAAGGACAGCACGUCAGACUCGGCUUCAGCCAUUGUCCCCAGUGGGACGCCACCAGUUGACAGUGAUGAGGAGUCUUUUUCAAAAGAAAAGAAAAAGAAAUCCAAGAUCAAGACUUUAUUUUCCAAGUCAAACUUGCAGAAAACACCACUUUCCCAGUCCAUGUUGGUCCUUCCUACUUCAAAGCCAGACAGAACGCCACUUCGUCCUGGGGACUUCCAGUCCCGGUGGGAUGAAGAUGACAAUGGGGACGAGUCCUCCUCCGCCUCAGACAUCAUGUCCCACAAGAGAACAGCAAGUGCAGACCUUAAGCAGCCAAGCCAGACCAACUUGAGCCUUCCUCGGAAGGAAGGACUCUCCUUCCUCGGGGGCCUUCGGUCCAAGAGUGACUCCCUUUCCCGCUCUAACGUCUGUAUCAACGGGAGCCAUGUGUACAUGGAGCAGCCAGAGGCCAAGAGUGAGAGCAAAGACAGCAGCCCUUCUCAUGUCCCAUCCCCCCAGGGAUUCAGGAGGAAGCACUUGUUCUCCUCGACUGAAAACCUGGCUUCGCAGUCUUCAAAGGACCCCGAGGAAGGAGGUAGCCUGUCUUCUGACAGGCGGCUAUCUGACUCUUUCAAUAAGGACUGUCUGGAGCACAUAUCUCUGCCAUUCUGUCAACCCCAGGAUGGCAGGGACACGAGGGAAACCAUGGAUCCAGCAAACUCGGAGGCUAUGAAAGAAGCUAAAGACAGCAAGAAGCAGGAGAGCAAGAAGUCAUCUUUGCUCUCUCUGGUGAUGGGAAAGAAGGAUGUGGCUAAGGGCAGUGAAGGAGACAGUCCUUCCACUAUCCCAGGAAAAGAGAAGGGAGACACAGUCAUGGAAGCCCAGCUGCAGGAGGAAGACCGUGUGAGAAAGCCCGAGAAAGAUACUGCAGCUUUUGCCUCCAGACAAGGCAACUCACUGAACCCCUUUGAAGAUGUGCAACUCUCAGAACCAGAAGCUGCACUAGAGCUUAAGUCUGAACUGAAGCUACCAGUUCCCGCUGUAAGAGCUCCCCAGACCAAAGCCGUGAAGCCUCGACUGGAAGUGUCUCCAGAGGCUCAGCCCAAAGCCAGGCUUCCUUCUCCCCUUGACUCUGCUCUCCUUUUUUCUACUCUUCCUUCCAGCUCUCCUCAGGCACCUGUCUCCUUUGAAUUGGGGUGUGAGUUGGAGACACAGUCCUCUGAAAGUCCUUCUGUCCUCGCCUCUUUCUCAUCUCCCAUAGUACCUCCCAUUUCUACAUCCACUCCACUUGAGCACUGGCUUCCCAUGGGCAAGGGUGAGGCAAGUUCUGAAGCACCAUCUUUGCUCCUUAAAGUUGACUUGCAAAAGGAGAGUUUAACACCAGCUCCAGAUAUUGGUCCUUCUGCCUUGGGGUCACGUUGUGAGCAGCUGCUUAUCCCAGAACAGGAAGGGAUAGAAACAUCUCCAGGGGACAAGACCAGGGAGACAGGCACAGGGAAGGAAGCUGGUGAUGAAGAGUCAGGAAAGUGUCUCCUGGAGCAGCCUGAUGUGGGGCAGCAAGAAGGACUUCAGAGGAUCCCCUCCCUAGAGCAAGGCUGCCUCCCCUCACCUCAGAAGGCUCAGGAAGCUCCCUUUGCACCUUCUUUCCAUGGUGGCAGCAUUGCAGGCCCUGUUGAAAAUUUCCCUGUGGAGAGAAAUACAGACUCUGAGGGUCUGUUUAGGUCUUUUGAGAAGAAUAAUGUUAGUGAUGAUGGAAUGACUUCUGCAAUCCCAGAAGUGACACCCCCUCUUCAAGAGGGAGAAGUGGCCACCCCACUUGACAUCAUGAUGCAGAAACAUGAAGAGAUAAGUGUGGAUGCUGGUAGGAGCCAAAAGAAAGUCAAGAAGCAUGUGUCUUUUUCCAAGCAACUCUUUAUGGAGGAAGAGGCAGAGAAUCCUGCUGGGCUUAGGGAAGAAGAUGAAAAUCAUCCUCAGCGGUUGGCACAUGAAGGGGCUGCUGCUGGACAUGAGGCCCAUGCAGAGACCCCUGUGUCUUCCCACACAGAAGACAUAGGGAGGGGACCUGUGGCCUCUGAGGCUGCUCUCCUUAUCCACUCUCAUGUGGAUAGUUUCUCAAAAGGCCCCACGAGUGAAGCCAGUUCAGCGAGGGAUGCUCCACUCUCUGAGACUGUGGAGGAGGAUGCCCUCAUGGCUCAGGGUCAGAGCAAAGCUAACGAUCAUGACGGCUGGUUGUCCAACCCCCUGAGCGGCCUUCCGUCUGCCUCUGAUGUGAAAUCUCCCAUCACGGCCGAUCUGAACUUGUCCUUGCCUUCCAUUCCUGAAGUUGCAUCAGAUGAUGAAAGAGUAGAUGAGGCCGGAGAUGUGAGGAAGGCAGCAAAGCCGGUCACUCUGGGAGCCGGAUCUUCAUCCCUGGACAUGUCACCUCCCUGUCUGGAGAAAGCAGAGGACCUGAGUGGCGGGCCACUUGGGCCUGUGCCAGUGGAGAGUCUGCAUGACUUAAAGCCAAAGGCCUCCAGAGCAGCUCCUUCAGCGCAGACAGUGGUGUUAGGCACCCCUGAAGAGCAUCUUAACAAGAGCUCAAGUGUGGACAAACAGACGCCAGACCAUGAUGCUGGCGAGCAAGAAAAACUGAGGCAAAGCGAAAGACCAGGCCUGCCUCUGUGCGUGUCCCUGGACUGUCCUGUGCCUAAGCGCUCCCUCUCUGAGCCCUUUCCUGCCAUACACUCUUUCCCCAGCUCUCCACAUUCUGAUACUCACACCACCAGUUCAGCAGAAUCCCCCCAAAAAGCAACGCCAGAAGGCCCUGCUGGUAAAGUCGAAAAUUUUGGCAAGAGGAAGCCGCUCCUCCAGGCCUGGGUCUCACCCUCAGAGCCGCAUCUGGUCUCAGCCCAGCCGGGCGCUGGAGCUGGGGCAGCCAAGCACAGACUCCAUCCUGUGAAGCCAAUGAACACAGCACCCACCAAGAUCACAAACUCCAGCUUGGGCACUGCCACGAUCAUCAGCGAGAACGUGAUCAAUGAAGCCAUGAUGAAAAAAUACAGCCCCUCGGAUCCUGCCUUUGCCUAUGCACAGCUGACCCACGAUGAGCUCAUCCAGUUGGUCCUCAGACAGAAGGAAACCAUCAGCAAGAAAGAGUUUCAGGUCCGGGAGCUGGAAGACUACAUCGACAAUCUACUAGUUAGGGUCAUGGAGGAGACUCCCAACAUCCUCCGCAUCCCAGCCCAGAUCAAGAAAGCAGGAAAGAUGUGAACGUCCAGAAGAAAACACUGAGAUGGUUUUGUGAACUUGUUUCCACCUCCUGUUAAGGUCAAGGACAGGGUCUGCCCAGUAACUAGCCAACAGGUUCCCAAUCUUUCUGUGUGUUAUCUGUGAAGAGUUCUUCCAGUUGAAGCCAGGUUAAUUAUUACAAUGAAUCUUCUACUGUACAUUCCCAGGAUUUUAUUUUUAAAUGCCACUGUGCCUUUAACUAGGUUGCAAAUUGAAGAUCUGAUCCUGAGUCAGAGAUUCAAAUGGCUCCAUAGAUACUAAUAUACAUGCAUAGCCCCCACACAUAUAUAUUUACAAAGAGGUUUCUUUGGGGUUGAGAUCUUUCAAGUAUGUAUCCUCCAGCCAUGAAAUUGCUAGGUGAGGUGAGAACCAUGUGAUGGGUGCUAUGUUGUGCCUUCUUUCUCAGCUUUUAAUAGCUUGGGUGCAGCUUUUUGCCUGCAAAUGCUAAAUUUUUAUAAGGUGUAAACUUCUCCAACUUUUUUUUUUUUUGGU